GGCCCUUCCCGGCGGGGUGGCUGCGGCCCCUCCGCGCAAGCCGAGACCCAGCGCCGGCGGGGCGCCCCCCUCCCAGCCCAGCCCGCUCCGCCUGAACGCGACAAUAUGCCAGCUCCUGAGCAGACCUCUUUGGAAGAAGGACUGCAACAGACCACCCAGGAACCUUCUACAAGUCCGGGCAUGGAGACAGAGGCUACUGCCACCACUAUUCUAGCUUCUGUAAAAGAACAGGAGCUCCAGUUUCAAAGGCUCACCAGAGAGCUUGAGGUGGAAAGGCAGAUUGUUGCCAGUCAGUUAGAAAGAUGCAGGCUUGGAGCAGAAUCACCGAGCAUUGCAAGCACAAGCUCUACUGAAAAGUCGUUUCCCUGGAGAUCUGCAGAUUUGCCAAACACAGGUGUAAAUAAACUCAGAGCAUCUGAGAGUGUUCAUAUUGCUUCUUAUCAUGUUGGAACAGAGCCAGAACAAGGGAAUCUCUACUCCCCAGAGCAAACAUCGCUCCAUGAAAGUGAGGGUUUGUUGUGCUUUUUAUCUUUAGGAUCAGUGGGUAACUCUAGGAGUUCGACACAAAUGAAUUCUUAUUCUGACAGUGGAUACCAGGAAGUAAGCAGUUUUCACAACAGCCAGAACCUGAUAAAGGGAGAGAACAGACAGCAACAUUCCUUUAUCGGAGCAAAUAAUAACCAUUUGGUGAGAAGCUCAAGGGCUGAAGGACAGGCUUUGGUUCAGGCAUCCUCAAACAUAGCUGCCAACCGAGCCAUGAGACGCGUAAGUUCUGUUCCAUCGAGGGCCCAGUCUCCCUCAUAUGUGACCACCGCAGGCAUUUCUCCUUCAAGGGGAUCACUCAGAACUUCUUUAGGGAGUGGCUAUGGCUCACCAUCCGUUACUGAGUCGCGAUCUCUUAAUUCUAAUGUGUUUUCAUCUACAACAUUGCCUGUACAACGAGCAGCAUCUCCGUUUACCACACAGAGGCCAGCUUCGCCUAUCGCAGUGCGCAGAGUUGGCUCGGUAACAUCCAGGCAGUCGACCAACCCCAAUGGAGGAACUCCCCAGUACCAGCCCGCUGUCAGAGUUGGGUCACCUCUUACGCUCAAUGACACACAGACAAGAGUGGCCUCUCCACCCCAAACCCAAGUUGGCUCUUCAUCACCAAAACGUUCUGGGAUGACCGCAGUUCCACAACAUCUGGGGACGACGUUACAACGGACACUUCAUGAUAUCGAGCAAUACGCACAGCAGUACGAUAUAUAUGAAAAAAUGGUCCCACCCCGUCCAGAUAGCCUUACAGGCUUGAGGAGUUCAUAUGCCAGUCAGCACAGCCAACUUGGUCAAGAGCUGCGUUCGACGGUGUCUCCUGAUCUGCACAUCACCCCUAUAUAUGAAGGUAGAACUUAUUACAGUCCAGUGUACCACAGUCCAAAUCAUGGAACUGCUGAUGUACCCCAAGGAUCCCAAACAGCGUUAUAUCGAACUGGAUCUGGUGUUGGAAAUCUACAAAGGUCAUCCAGUCAGCGUAGCACUCUUACAUACCAAAGAAAUAAUUAUGCUCUGAACACAACAGCUACCUACGCAGAACCCUACAGGUCGCUUCAUUAUCGGCUCUCUGAGUCCAGCUACAACAGGAUGCAGCAGCAUGCGCCUCCUGCUGAUGAUGGUACCACAAGAUCUCCAUCCAUAGACAGCAUCCAGAAAGAUCCCAGAGAAUUUGCAUGGCGGGAUCCUGAAUUACCUGAGGUCAUCCACAUGCUUCAGCAUCAGUUCCCAUCAGUUCAAGCCAACGCUGCGGCCUACCUACAGCACCUGUGUUUUGGAGAUAACAAAAUAAAAACCGAGGUAUGUAGGUUAGGAGGAAUCAAACAUCUGGUUGACCUGUUGGACCACAGAGUCAUUGAAGUUCAAAAAAACGCUUGCGGUGCAUUGCGGAAUCUGGUAUACGGAAAGUCGACAGAUGAAAACAAAAUAGCAAUGAAAAACGUCGGAGGGAUCCCUGCACUUUUACGAUUGCUAAGAAAAUCCAUUGAUGCAGAAGUAAGAGAACUUGUCACAGGCGUUCUCUGGAACUUGUCUUCAUGCGAUGCAGUAAAGAUGACAAUCAUUCGAGAUGCGCUUUCAACGCUAACAAACACUGUGAUAGUUCCUCAUUCUGGUUGGAAUAAUUCUUCCUUUGAUGAUGAUCAUAAAAUUAAAUUCCAGACUUCUCUAGUUCUACGCAAUACAACAGGAUGCCUGAGGAAUCUAAGCUCUGCAGGAGAAGAGGCACGGAAACAAAUGAGAUCUUGUGAAGGGCUGGUUGAUUCAUUGUUAUAUGUGAUCCAUACAUGUGUGAAUACUUCAGAUUAUGACAGCAAGACAGUGGAAAACUGUGUGUGCACACUAAGAAACCUUUCCUACCGUCUUGAGCUUGAAGUGCCUCAGGCCCGCCUUCUGGGUAUUAAUGAGUUGGAUGACUUUUUGGGGAAGGAAUCGCCUAGCAAAGAUUCAGAGCCAAGCUGCUGGGGGAAAAAGAAGAAGAAGAAGAAGAAAACUUCGCAGGAGGACCAGUGGGAUGGAGUUGGCCCAAUACCAGGAUUGUCAAAGUCUCCUAAAGGUGUGGAAAUGCUGUGGCAUCCUUCUGUAGUGAAACCGUAUCUAACUCUUCUAGCUGAAAGCUCCAACCCGGCUACUUUGGAAGGUUCUGCAGGAUCUCUCCAGAAUCUUUCUGCAGGCAACUGGAAGUUUGCGGCCUAUAUUCGAGCUGCUGUCAGAAAAGAGAAAGGGCUUCCGAUUCUCGUGGAACUGCUGAGAAUGGACAAUGACAGAGUUGUUUCUUCUGUGGCAACAGCUUUGAGAAAUAUGGCAUUAGAUGUCCGCAACAAGGAGCUUAUUGGUAAAUACGCUAUGCGAGACCUGGUAAAUCGCCUUCCCGGAGGCAAUGGGCCAAACAUUCUCUCUGAUGAAACUGUGGCAGCAAUCUGCUGUGCUUUGCAUGAGGUCACCAGCAAAAACAUGGAGAAUGCCAAAGCCCUGGCUGACACAGGAGGAAUAGAAAAACUGGUGAACAUAACAAAAGGAAGAGGUGACAGGUCAUCACUGAAGGUUGUCAAGGCAGCAGCCCAGGUGCUGAACACAUUAUGGCAAUAUCGUGAUCUCCGCAGCAUUUACAAGAAGGAUGGUUGGAAUCAAAAUCAUUUUAUUACCCCAGUGUCAACACUUGAGCGUGACAGAUUCAAGUCACAUCCCUCCUUGUCUACAACAAAUCAACAAAUGUCGCCUAUCAUUCAGUCCGUUGGAAGCACAUCUUCAUCACCAGCGCUAUUAGGAAUUAGAGACCCUCGUUCCGAAUAUGAUAGGACCCAAACUUCUAUGCAGUAUUACAAUAGCCAAGGUGAUGGGAUUGCACAUAAAGAUAUGUAUACUGGGUCCAGCAAGCCUUCGCCAAUUUAUAUCAGUUCCUAUUCUUCACCAGCAAGAGACCAAAAUAGGCGUCUGCAGCAUCAGCAGUUGUACUACAGUCAAGAUGAUUCCAACAGAAAGAACUAUGAUGCAUACAGGUUAUAUUUGCAGUCUCCACAUAGCUAUGAGGACCCAUAUUUUGAUGACCGAGUUCACUUCCCAUCUGCUACAGAUUACACAACACAGUAUGGACUGAAAUCAGCCACAAACUAUGUAGACUUUUAUUCCACCAGACGACCUUCCUAUAGAGCAGAACAAUACCCUGGGUCACCUGACUCUUGGGUGUAGCAUUAGAAAAUCACGAACAGAAACAUAUCUUUCUAACUUUUUUUGAAAAGCGAUUGAGUUAUGGGUUUGCUGUUUUGAGGGGAAAAUGUGGAAGUGAAUUGCAAAGAAGGAAACAAGGAAGAGGUUGUUUUUCCCCCCCCUAAAGGGGAUUAUCUUUGAAGAUGGGAGAAAAUUUGGAAGAGGAAAUUGGAAAGGGAGAACUUUUACUCUGUUUAGAUGUUAGAUCUAAUUACUUGUAGUUCCUAUAGUCUGGUGAAGGUGUGGGCAAUGUGACGAAAGGUUUGAGAAUUGAGGGGAAACGGCUUUGGGAAAUGUGUAGGUCAGAACAAAUUACAGAUAUAAUUUUUUUUUAAAAAAAAGAAAAUGUGAAUAAAAGUCUUGUUCUCAUAGUUUGUACAGAAAAAAAAUAUAUGGAUGCCCUUCUUGUUUUACUGCUGUUACUAAAUGUCAAGAUUAUAUGCUAUCAUGUCUUGUAAAUUUAUUUUCAGUUGGUGUAAAUAUGGAAACGCCACAUUGGUUGGAAGUGCCAUCAUUUGUAAUGCCGUGCGUCAUUUUAAAACUGAUUUCAAAAGCUGACAUCUUUUAAAGAGAGAGAGGAGGGGGAAAAGGAAGAGGGAUCAUACAAGGAAAUGUUAUAAAUAAAUAUCAUUUUGUUUUUAAAAAUGAACGGUGUAAUUUUGAAGCACAAACCUCUGGUCCAGUAUAUCUGCACUUUUCUUAUCCCCUGCCUCAUUCACAGAGUACUUCACUGCCAUUUUUUAUGCCUAUGGGGGGAGGGGAAAUAAAUGUGGACGUCUCAUCCAUGGAAAGUA